AUGAAUCUUAUUAGAGUUGAACUGGAAGAUACACAGAAGCAGAUGAGUACUGACUUAUUCAAUGGUCAGUUAAUCACCAAGGAAAGAGAUUUGCUACAACAGAUAGAAAAAUGGGAAGGUAUUCAUGAGCCCACUUGGAUCCAAGCUGGGGAUUCAAAUUCAAAUUUCUUUCAUGCUCAAGUAAAAGCAAGGCAAGCUAGAAACAGAAUAGGGUCUAUAUGCAAUGAACAAGGUAUUAGGUUGACUGAACCAAAGCUGGUGGAAAAGGAAUUUGUUCAAUUUUUUCAAAAGUUAUUGGGAACCUGUGCAGAUGAAUUAUCUUCUCUAGAUAUCAAUAUUGUUAAGCUUGGUCCUUGCUUAACUAAAGAAACAACUGGGGAUGCUAGAACAGAUUACAAGGGAAGAUAUAGCUCAGAGAUUACAGAGGCAGUCCUGGAAUUCUUUGCAAGUGAAAAACUAUUAAGGAGUAUAAACUGCACAAUUGUUACUUUGGUGCUUAAAGUAGCAAGUCCUACUUUUGUAAAAGAGUACAGACCAAUUACAUGUUGCACUACCUUGUACAAGAAGAUAGCUAAAAUCCUAACAGAGAAGCUGAAAACAGUGGUAGAUUAUGUGGUUGGACCUGCACAGUCUGCAUUUAUUGAAGGGAGGAACAUAUUGGAUAAUGUAAUACUGGCACAUGAAUUAGUCAAAGAUGACUUGAUUAUGUAUUGCAGAGCUGAUGAAGUAUCAAUACAGUUAAUGCUAAAGGCAUUUCAUCACUUCUCUGAAGUAACUGGGCUACUGGGUAAUAUGGAAAAAAGUUCUUUCUAUGUUGCAGGAGUAACUGAGGAGUUCAAGAACUUGAUUCUCUCUGAAAUGCACUUUACAUUAGGAGAAUUCCCAUUCAAGUAUUUGGGAGUGCCACUGUCAACAAAGAAGUUAUCAAUAGUUCAAUGCAUGCCAAUGGUAGAAAGAAUCAUAGCAAGAAUCAAGUGCUGGACCACCAAGUUUCUAUCAUAUAGUGGCAGGUUUCAAUUGAUCAAAAGUGUCCAAUUCGAAAUGCACACAUAUUGGGCACAUGUAUUUCUACUACCAAAGAAGAUAAUUCACAUGGUUACUGCUGCUUGUCGGACAUUCCUUUGGACAGGUAGUACUGAGAUGUCAAAAAGAUCCUUAGUUUCAUGGGAGAAACUCUAUAUGCCAGGUUCAGCUGGAGGUUUAGGGAUCCUAGACUUCUACUCAUGGAACAAGGAACUUCAGCACAAUGUCAACACCAAAGCAAGCCGGAUCAUCAGGAAAGUGUUUGAUACAAAAGAAUGGUUUAAGGCUAUAAGUGAAACAGGAGAUAUCAAUGAAUUUUGCAAGCAAGGGAAGUUUAGCAUCAAGACAAUGUAUAUAGCAGCAAGGCCUCAAUUUCAGAAAGUUACAUGGAAGAAUCUUGUACUGAGAGAUGUUACUAUACCAAGGCAUCGAUUUAUUCUGUGGCUAACUCUCAACCAAAGGUUAGCAACAGUGAAUAGAUUGGCAAAAUGGAAGAUUGAUGUGCCGAAGGAAUGUGUGUUAUGCACUAGCCAGAAAGAAGAGACGAUAGGUCACAUUUUCUUUGAAUGUGCUUAUGCUAGAUCAAUAUGGGCUGCAUUAGUAGGUUGGUUGAAAGAAAAAUACAAUGUUGGAAGCUGGGAACAGGAAUUAAAAUGGCUGAUCAAGAGGACAAACAGCAGCAGACCACGAGCUCAAGUUCUCACAUUUCUAUUUGCAGCAACAGUUUAUUACACAUGGAUGGAGAGGAACAAAAGAAGAUUUCAGAACCAAUGUAUUACAUAUGCAGAAAAAGUUCGAGAAAUAGCCUUGCAGCUGCAUAUCAAAGGCCAAAAUAGGAGUAAAUGGAAGUCAAUGUUAGAACAGUUAGAUAGAUAUCCUAACGAAAACAAUGUGUAA